AUGUCACAUUUGAUUGCUGGGUUCAGUUUGUUUUAUGGGAUUUGGGUAGGUAUUGAUAUUCGUAUUGGUCAUUUUAGGUACUGGCUUUGUUUCACUGUCAAAUAUGUAACCUACCGCCACCCUAUUCUACCUUAACUUGCCAUGGCUUGACUUGCUUUGCGUUUCCUUGCCUUGUCUUGAAAUACCCUGUCUUUCCCCACUCUGUUUUGCAUUGCCCGAUUGUGCCAUACCUUAGUGUGCCCUGUCGAUAACAUUAUAUUUUUCAGACUUUCUACAGCUUGAAUCAAAAAGGUCAUCGUAUACGAAGAAAUUGUACGACGUUAACAGAAGCCUUCAUUGUUAAAGAGAUCCUAAAUGUUAUCAAAGUCUUAAAACCUCUAAUCAUCGCCUACUUUUUACUACUGGUGUUUGCUGGAACCGUUUAUACGAUAAUGUUUGGUAGCUUUUUAAUGGGAGUGAUGGACGAAAAAGACGUUUUCUAUACUGCUUUGCUUACUGUAAGUUUUUUAGUAAAAUCAAAACUAAAAUUGAUAUUAAUCUUUAGCUUUUGUUAGAUGUUAUUGUAUUUUACCUCGCUAUAGGCAACAUUAUAAGCUUCAAUAUAGUUACAUCGUACUGCCAUGUCGUAGUUUACCUAAAUACCCCCCUUUUCAGUCCGACUAUGUUCUAGUAGACACAUAUAACAUCUACUCAACAUGUUCUAUGGUAUGGCACUUCAAACAGUUACGGAGAAUAUUCUUCAAAGAUAUUACUUCAAUAGUACAAUCCAACAAAGUAUACUCGACAGCAAAAGAAGACAAUGAGAAUUUAGACAAGUUUAAUGUUGUAGAACAAGGUGACGUAUACUUUAAUCAACUCACCGACUUUUGGAACUCUGAAUUACUUCGAAAGACUUUCACUAUUGCCAAAAAAGUAGAUGUACAGUCAAAUCUUUAG